UCCCGUUGCUGAAGGCGAAGCACACACACUGUACGACUGUCAAUCUGUUCUGCUGGUUAUUCGAUCAGCCAUCAGCAGACACACCAAAGUUAGCAGCGAGAAUAAAAAAAAAACCUGAAGAAAGAACAAAAAGUAGCCCUGUGAAACGCACUAGGAUCCAAAAAUUGCGUUCUUUUCGUUUCCCAAAACCUCCCGAACGUUUACGUGGCGGAUUUGCUGAUUGCGAGUGCUAGUUUUCUACCGAUUGCGCAGCACUCGCAGCGGAAAAAAGUGCUGCUGGAAUAUAUCGAAUCCGAAGUAGAAAACGCGUACGUAUUUCAGAGGAUAAACGAGGGCUUUCCUAUUGUGCGAAGCCAUGUCGUCUGUGUUUGGAUCGUGCGUGUGAGAGUGUGUUCUGUGUGGAUGGUAUUUUCUUCGCUACCGCAGAGUGUUGUUUUUCGGUCGAGUGUCUGAGCAAAAGCGAGAAAGAGGAAAAAAAAUGGUCUCACCAUUGUAAAUAUCUUUGCUCGUGUGUUCAGAGUGAUGGCUGCUUGCUUCUCCAGAAGAAGAAUUGCCUAAAGUAUCCCCCGAGCGACGCUCGUUUCGAAAAAUUUGAGUUCUUGUGUGGGGUGUUCACGAAGUCGAAAGCUAGGUGAAAAGUGUGAAAAAGUCGAUUUUCCCGGAGCAGCAGCCCGACCACACGACGGUGAAGUGUGUACGAAAUGUGUUCCAUCGAUUGUGGCAGCCACAGCUGAAAAUAGACUCCGCUCCGUAAAGCAGCGGGAAGUAGAGCAAAGAAAAUAGUAACAGCAUAUCGGAAACCAGCAGCAGCAGCAGCAGGAAAGGAAACAGAAAAUCUUCACUCGAAGGCCAAAUUGCGACGUUGCAGAGUGUGGAUUACAUUCAAGUUCUCGCCCCGAGAUAUUCUCAGCAAAGCUCACCAUCUUCUUAUAUAUAUAAAAAUCUCGUGUCACGGUGUUUGUUACCGAACUCCUCCGAAACGGCUCGACCGUUUUUUUGAAAUUAUUCACAAAAAAAACUCGAAACCCAUUCAACCGCACGGAGACGAAGUACAAGCUACCGGGUGUGGAUGAACGCCGCUAGCCUCGGUUUUCGUGGAUAUCUUGCGUCAGAUAAUGGCAGAAAAAUGUGUCGUUAUCAUUAAGGAAGAAGAGCAGAAAUGUGCCAGCCCGCUAGUUGCGGUCCUAAGCGACUCAUCGAUGACCAGUACACCCACGACAACGCCAGCCAUCAUCUCGACACCGAUUGUCAUCGGUACGGGCGGCGGUCUGUCGACGACAGCAUCCGCUUCCUCAACACCAACGCAACAAACGGACACGAUAAACUGCGAUGGUCAGUCGAACGUGGACGUGGACGAUCGAGGGAACGGCUACGUGUGGUUUUAUGUGGACAAAAGCGCUGCCAACGGGGGACACCAUCCCAGAGGGCAGAUACAACUGGAAACACCAGCGGUUGAAGAGCGGAAUAGUGGUGGCUUGAAUGGAGCGAAACCAAAGCGAUUGAGUGACGAGUUCUACUCGGCCGAUGAUGAUUACGACGAAGAUGAGGAGGAUGAAUUGAACGAUGGUGGUGCUGGUGGAGUCGAUGGAAGACCGGGGAUCCUCAAAAAUGAAGAUAUAGACUGUGAGGUACAUGCCAGCUUGAGUUUGAAUGAGAUUAAAAAUUUAAGCAUCACAAACAGUGGUGUGGAGAACGGAGAGGAAGGAUUCGAACGGGAUGAGAACUCGGUCUACAUCAGCGAGGAGACUUCGUCGUGCAGUAGCGGCCACCGGCCAGUAACCGUUGAAGCAUCGUCCACAGGAGUGCUAGAGACUGAUCAACAACACCAACCCGAGGAAGAUGAUCCUCUGAGAAUGGAACAGGAUGACGAUAUGAUGGGGGGAGAUGAGGGUGUUGCUGUGCUGGAAAAUGAUAUGGAUGAAGACGAUCUUCAUGAUGUGCAAUCGAUCGAUGCAAUCGAACGUCGGGAUUUUGAACAGGAACAAAAACUGACUGGUGGAAUUAUUAAAAAUAGCGCGUUUAUACCCGAUAACCAUAGACUGAAUUUAGAGUUUAUAAGUAGGAUUAAAAAAAUGCGCGAAGAUACACAGGCAAAACAAUCACAGCCCGAUGGCAAGAUUCAGCUUACGUCAACGCCAACUAGUAGUAGACAUCCAUGUAGUUCUAGUAACGCUAGUAAUAGGGAACAAAACGGUAAUAGUACAACAAAGUCAACGGUUAAAGUAAAUUUGACAGCUAGUCUAGAGAGCUACUGCGUAGCUGCCGAAGCUGCCGCCGGUGCAGAUAUAGUUGAUGCCCCAUCCUGUUCGUCCUCGAUGGCUUCAUCCUCAUCCUCUUCGGUCUCAAUUAGCGGUAAGACACUUCGUCGACAGCAACAGCAACAGUUGGACGCAUUUCUCAACUCCAACUCCAACGAUAGCUUAUCGUCCGAUCGGUCUAUUUUCGUCCAGAAUCUACAAGCUCUGAAGCAAUCGUCGAAAGAUUGCCCCUCGGCCCUCAACAGCAGCUCCGUCAAUGAACCCUGUACGUCAUCAUCCUCCUCAUCGCCUUCCCCUUCUUCCGCCAGCUCAGCUGGACCAUCCACUUCUGGAACAACAAAACCGCCCUCCGACUGCAGUCUGUCCUCUUGUGCAACGUCAGUCAUCAAGCAAACGGGUGUGUGUAGUAAAAACAUCAAUCACCAUCCUGUUCCCUCUGCCAGCGCCAGCAAUUCGUCCCUGUACUCAUUCAGCUGCCCCUUCGACAGUGCCGACCGUCAAAAUGGCGAGGGUUGUAGCUCUGGUAGCGUGUCGCUUACAAGAUUCCCAUCUUCCGUGUCGAACUUCGGUGAGAGCAUUGCCGAUGAAACUGCUGGACCCACGAGCUCAUCUCACCGCGGUCGUCAACAACAACUCCAUCACGAACGUAACCACGUUGAAGACCCGCUGCUGGAACCAUCGCAGCUAUCGAUGCCACCGGAGCUGGCUGCUGCUGCUGCUGCAGCCGCCGCCGCUGUCGAGCACGAAUGCGACGAAGAUAAUUGGGCCGACUGCGAGGAGGGCUCCGAUGAGGAAAUUUGCACCUGCCGGGAUUUCACUGAUGACGAAACGAACACUGCGAACGAUAUUCGGCACGCUAGCAGUGAAGAUGAACUGCCAUCCCGAGAUGUGGAUCUGUCCAGCUAUACUCACAUGGAUGUGGCGGAAGACAUUCUUGCCCACGAUCCCAGAGCUGGAGGAGCGCCAAACAGCGGCAACGGCAGCAACGCACAAACUCCCAGACUGCAUCGGAAGCGGAAGCUUACGGAAAAUCGGAUACUAUUCGGUAGCGUUGGAAGCCGUUGUGCCGGAUCCGAAGGCGGCAAUGUUAUGGGAGGGAAACAUUGCGACAGUCCAAACUCGGAAUCACUCAACUUUAGUAGUCGAAAACGUUUAGCUUUAGAUAGUUCACCACGAACGUUACUAAAUUCGUCUAAUCUAACCCAAACGCCGACUUCCUCAUCAUUGGGAGAGCGAAAAACUCCCAGAAGCAUUAUCCCAACCAAAGAUAAUCCUCCUCCCGAGCUGAACGAAUGGCUGCAACAAUUCCAGCGAUGGGCCCCCGUCGAGCGUCUGCUGGCGGUGGAUCUUCUGAUCGAGCACUGCGAACCAACCCAAGUGCGACACAUGAUGAAGGUGAUCGAACCACAGUUCCAGCGGGACUUCAUCUCGCUCCUGCCGAAGGAACUUGCGCUCCAGGUGCUGUCCUAUCUGGAACCGAAGGAUCUUCUGCGAGCGGCACAAACCUGUCGCAGCUGGCGAUUCCUGGCGGAUGAUAAUCUUCUGUGGAAGGAAAAAUGCAAAGAAGGCGCCAUCCUGAUGGAAGUGCUGGGAGGAGACCGGCCGAAGCGGGGUAGAGCCGGCAACAUGCCACCGAUUUCGUCCCCUUGGAAGGCAGCAUACAUGCGGCAGCACAUCAUCGAGAUGAACUGGCGCUCGCGGCCGAUUCGCACCGCCAAGGUGCUGAAAGGCCACGACGACCACGUUAUCACGUGCCUUCAGUUCUGCGGCAACCGAAUUGUGUCCGGUUCCGAUGAUAAUACGCUCAAAGUGUGGUCCGCCAUCACAGGGAAGUGCCUUCGAACACUGGUUGGCCAUACAGGUGGUGUCUGGUCAUCGCAAAUGUCCGGCAGUACCAUUAUCUCUGGUAGCACUGAUCGCACGCUGAAAGUGUGGAAUGCUGAUACGGGUCAGCUGCUGCAUACGCUCUAUGGACACACCUCGACUGUGCGGUGUAUGCAUUUACAUGGAAACAAAGUCGUCAGUGGUUCUCGCGAUGCAACAUUACGAGUAUGGAACGUGAACGAAGGGACCUGCCUGCAUGUGCUUGUUGGACAUUUGGCAGCCGUUCGGUGCGUUCAGUACGACGGUAGACUGGUGGUAUCCGGAGCUUACGAUUACAUGGUGAAGGUGUGGAAUCCCGAACGGCAAGAGUGUCUGCACACGCUGCAGGGACACACCAAUCGUGUUUACUCACUGCAGUUCGACGGAAUUCACGUGGUUUCAGGGUCGCUUGAUACGUCCAUUCGAGUGUGGGAUGCGGAAACUGGUAGCUGUAAACAUGCGCUCAUGGGUCACCAGAGUUUGACUUCCGGUAUGGAGCUUCGACAAAAUAUUCUGGUGUCGGGUAAUGCCGACUCGACGGUCAAAGUUUGGGACAUAAUUACCGGCCAAUGCCUGCAGACGUUAUCGGGCCCCAACAAGCACCAAUCGGCUGUCACCUGCUUGCAAUUCAACUCCCGCUUUGUAAUAACCAGUUCCGAUGAUGGUACUGUCAAGCUGUGGGACGUGAAGACUGGCGAAUUCAUCCGCAACCUGGUCGCGCUGGAAUCGGGUGGUUCGGGUGGUGUCGUAUGGCGAAUUAGGGCUAAUGAUACGAAGCUGAUCUGCGCCGUUGGCUCACGAAACGGCACGGAGGAAACGAAGCUGAUGGUACUCGAUUUCGACGUGGAAGGCGCCUGCUUGAAAUGCUCAUAAAUCUUAUUAAGUAUACUCACCCCACCCCCGGGCGGAACGUUUAGGAAAUUUAUAGUGAAGCGGCUACAGUGGUAAGGUAAGGUGGGUUAUAGAACCGGUUGUGCUGAACGGAACUGACGGCAGCAGUAUAAAAUUCGAGCCGCUGAAUGGAAUAUCUAACGAAGAGAACCACCACUCUUGCUGACAUGUGACAACGUAAUAAUAACAACCAAUGCUUGUGGCUUUUUCUGUGGUGCAGGAGAUUAACAAGCAGUAAUUGUAAAUAGCCCACAUGUUCUUAGAUGAUUUUCUUCAAUUUUUUCAAUUAUAUAUAUCGAACAAAGAAGGUGCUAUACGUAGGUUUUCCUUCGAUAUUAUUUUGGGUGAAGGAUAACAUUUCCAAUGUAUUGUUCUGCCUUCAAAUGUUCAAAUUAAUACCAUGUAAUUACACGCAGUGGACUCUUUCGGAAGCAAAUGGGUAAAAACAUUCUCUCCAAAAUCUGAACACAGGUGAUCAAUGGAUCUAGCGUGACGAUUUCACUCCGUUAUCGCCUGAACAAGGGCAUGAGGUGACAUAUAGUGUAAAUAAAGUACUGGUUGUUAUUGAUAGGAUGUUACAAUUUCAAUUGCCAACUUCCGCUCGGGACCGCCCCUCCUAUCCUUUUGAUUGCAUCUUAUGCUGCCAAGUUUAAUUCUGGCUAUCGUAGAACCUGUUCGAAGCGUCGAAUUCGACCAAAAGAAAGCGCACCUAGUUGUAAUUAUUACAAAACAUAUACAAGCGGUAAUAGAAUGUAACCAAUAGUGAAGAACUGACGGAGCAAAACAAUCCUCAUGAAAAAAGUGUAAGGGACAGAGCGAAAACAAAUAUCACACGAUCGAUCACGCGACGCAGGAAAAGAUGUCCGAAUUCUGCCAUACUGUUGUUUCUGAUUUAGGGAAAAGAUUUUUUUUAAAUAUUGUUAGUAUUCGUUUCUUUGUUGAAUUGCACCGGGAUGCUUGUUUGUUUCUCUGGCCAUGUUUUUUGCAGUAAACGCGAUGCGUUCUAAAAAUAUAUGACUUUUUAUAUAGUGUUGUUGGUUUUUGGAAUAAUUUGUGUUGUUCACCAUGAUUUUUGUUUGUUUAAAUGUUUCGUCAAACAGUACGAUUUCAUACAAUAUAUCUGGAACAUCAGAAUUUGGUGGACCAUCUUUUUCUUGUAUUCGAGUAACGAUCGAUGGGGAAAUGGCUUUAAUCAAUUUACAAAAAAAAAACAGCUUUUGCUCUAGUUUUUAGUUUUACAUACUAUUAUUUUCCGAGGAUUAUGCGUUACUUGAAUCUGGACGCAGACUUAUUAUUUACGUUUGAAAUAGUAAUCAAAUCGAACGGAGAGCAGAAGAAACCGAAAUAAUGAUCACACCACAAGAGAACACAACCCGCUAAAUGGCUGCAGAACAUUGUAGGAAAUAUAAGAAACAGCGUUCGUCCUUAGGAAGGAAAAUGUGUACAAUUUAGUUAGUUGUCUGUUCAGGAAUUCGAUGUCAUUGUAUAGGUUCUAAAUGAUCUUUCUGUUUUUUAUUUAAGUUUUUUUUUGUAUCGGGUGAAAAUUGAAAUUAUUAUCUCUAGCAAAAUUAUUAUUUUGGGUUUAAAUGAAUAUAUGAAAAUUUUGUCUGGUAGUCUGUUAAUUCAGUUGUUGAUAUUGGACUUUUAUUGACCUCUUAACUUGAUUUUAUUUGAAUUCUUUCGACGCGCAUACUAAGCACACCGCUAACCGAUAACUCGUUUCACCGUCGUUGCGCUAAACAGUGUAUUCUGCAAACAAACAAAAAAAAAUAACCUAGAAACUUUAAGAUGAAAAAUAUACGAAAAUCCGACAAACAAAUCUGUCGCAGAACAAAAAAAGCCCAAUAAUCAUUAAAGGAAAAAAAUAAAGGGAACGUUUGAAUGGCGAAUUACCAUCUAUCGGAAA